AUGUCUUCACCAACCCAUUAUCUUAUUUCAGCGCCAGGCAAAGUUAUAUUGUUUGGUGAACACGCAGUUGUCUAUGGAAAGACGGCAAUUGCUGGAAGUCUUGACGGACUUCGCACUUAUGUACUUUUUGAAAAACGCGAGGAUGGUCUCUUGGAAUUAAAUUUACCGAAACUUGGUCUUCACCUUCCUUUAUUAUGGCCGACUUCGGCUCUUCCAUAUUCCAAAGUAGCUGCGGUUAGCAAAGUUGCAGAUAAUAAUUCUUCGCAAGAAUUAGCAUUUAAUGAGGAGCUUUUAAAAGAAUUAAAACCAAUAGUUCUUGAUGGCAACGUUAAAAAUAAAGAUAUUCAAGAAAUUAAUGAAUUUCAACAAAUAGCGGCUUCAGUCUUUCUUUACCUUUACACGAGCUUAGAGGAUAAACAAACUUCAUGGAAUGGGAUGACAGUUCACGUCAUUUCCAAUUUACCAGUGGGUGCUGGAUUAGGAUCAUCCGCUUCUUAUUCAGUUUGUUUAGCUACAGGAUUAUUACUCGUUCUAGGUCAUAUUCCUAUUCCUAACUCUAAUGAAGGAAAUACAGAUUCUAGCUUUUCAGGUUCUUCUUCUCCAAUGAAUUUAAUUAAUCGUUGGGCAUUUCAAGCCGAAAAAGUUAUUCAUGGUACUCCCUCAGGAAUUGACAAUGCAGUUUCUACUUAUGGUGGUGCUGUAUCAUUUACAAAAGGUGAAAUGGAAAAUGUGAUAGGAUUUCAAUUACUUCGAUUCCUAUUAACAAGUACAAAAGUACCUCGAGAUACUCGCGCUCAAGUUGCUAAAGUACGCGUGUUGUAUGAUAAAUAUCCACAUAUUGUUGAUCCCAUAUUCGAAGCUAUUGAAGGCAUUAGCCUCUCAUUUAAUGAAAUAGUUAAUAGCGGAGCUUCUCAAAGUGAAUUAAAUAAAAAAUUCGAGGAACUUAUUGAUUUAAAUCAUUAUUUAUUAAAUUCCUUGGGAGUGGGACAUUCAUCUAUUGAUCGAGUAAGAGAAAUUACCGCACAACAUUCAUUACAUUCAAAACUUACUGGAGCUGGAGGUGGAGGUUGUGUAUUAACUUUACUUAGAGAUGAUGUUACAAGUGAUGAAAUAACUAAAGUCAAAUCGGCUUUAGCAACAUUAGGAUUUGAAUGUUUUGAGACGCAAGUUGGAGGAAAUGGAGUUAGCGUGAUUGAUUCUUCAGUAACGAUAAGUAAACAAGAAUUUUUAUCAUCCGAAAAUGUACAACAACACUUUUCUGGUUGGAAACAUUUCACCUAA